CUUUAACAUAUUUUUAUUAUAUUAUACAUAUUUUUAUUUUACUAUACACUUUAUUACUUAGUGUAAAACUGGAGUCACAGCGAAAGAAAAGAUUGUAUUGAAUUACAAAUUAGUGUAUUCAGAUAGAUUUCCGUCGUUUGUUUUCAGGCGGGUUACGGUAGUGUGAAUCACCUCAACACCAAAACAACGUGCAAAUAAAUCUUAUGACACAACGACAGACUUUCUAAUUGACCAUUAUGUUUUUAAACUUAUAAUUAUUUUGAUAGCUGGUUGUUUUGCAGCAUAAGGUUCAGUAGCGUUGUUAAAACAGCGGUGGUGUCAGUGUUUGAAUAUAUUCACGGGGCAUAAGUUAACGUGAUAUUUUAGUUUCACUUUUUGAUUUAAAGAAUGGACCGACCAUCCAGAAAUAAGAAAGCUGUAAACUACACAGACUUCCAAAACGAUGAUGAUGAGGAUUUUGCCUGUGUAAAACCUCCUCCCAAAAAAGCUCGAAUGGACAUAAAAGACCCUGAUUCUGAGAGAAACCUCAAAACAUUGAGUGCCUCUCCAAAUGAAGUGGCUGAUUUCACCAGCUCAGGAAGCAGGAAGAGGAUGCCUCUGGAGGAAAAAUUUUAUGAAAGAGAUUUGGAGACAGCCCUAUCAUUAUCAUUGCUGGACUCUUCAAGAACACAAGAUGGAGAGCCUACAACCAAAACAGCAGAUGAACAGGACAGAUCUCAGUGUUCACCACCUGUUCUAAUACACUGCAGCGCUGAGGGCAGCCUUUUAGUCAGUGAAUGUCAGCCUCGUCCAGAUUCUCCUCCAGUGCUGUCCAAUUGUAGCAUUGAUGGCAAAAGUUUAGGACUGAAUCUGAUCAGCGUAGAUGCCUCCCCUACCAGUGUUUCUAAACAGAAGGAAACCUCGGAGGAGCAGAGAAAACCAAAUGGCAAGGAUAAGAAGAAGGACAACAGAGACGAUGAGGACUACCAGCUUCAGGACACACCAGAUUCAGAAAGUGAUGCAGAUUUCACUGAAGAAGAUGAGAGCGAAGACGAGACAUUCACUGUGAAAACAAAAAAUAAGGUUGUGAAACAAAAGACAGAAAAGAAGGCAUCAGCAGAUUCAAAGAAUAAGACCAAAAAGAAAGACCAAAAGCCAACAAAAGCCUCAAAAGCCAAAGGCUCAGCUCCCAGCCCAGCGACCUGUCGGAGUCCUGCUGCUCCUGUGUCUGGACUGAAGAAGGCGCCUACUGCUCCGCUUCUCUCUAAACCUGCAGUCUGCUCCAGUCCUGCAGGGGCCAGACUGACUAAGUGGAAUCCCCCUGGUCUGCUUGGCCGGAGUCCCGGCGCGUCUCAGAAUGCACAUGUGAAGUCUCCAGGACAGGGGCUGCGUUUAGGACUUUCCCGUAUGGCUCGAGUCAAAUCCCUUCACCCUAAUGCUGCUUCCAACUAAACAAACUUGUUUUAAAUUCGAAAACUUUACAAUGGCUUUUGGGAACUCAUAGUGCAUGGGGCAGGGAAAAAUGGUAAGAAGGAAUGGAUAUUUUUUACUGAAAUUUGUCCAGAAAAUGUAAGACCUUUCAUCCAUCGCUUACAAUAAUAUGUAGCAAUAUUUAA